AUGCGUGAAAUCGUUCAUCUUCAAACCGGCCAAUGUGGUAACCAAAUUGGUGCUGCCUUCUGGCAAACUAUCUCUGGCGAGCACGGUCUUGAUGGUUCCGGUGUCUACAAUGGUACAUCCGAUCUCCAACUUGAGCGUAUGAACGUCUACUUCAACGAGGCUUCUGGCAACAAGUAUGUUCCCCGUGCCGUCCUCGUCGAUUUGGAGCCAGGUACCAUGGACGCCGUCCGUGCCGGUCCUUUCGGUCAACUCUUCCGUCCAGACAACUUCGUUUUCGGUCAAUCCGGUGCUGGUAACAACUGGGCUAAGGGUCAUUACACUGAGGGUGCUGAGCUUGUCGACCAAGUUCUUGAUGUUGUUCGUCGUGAAGCUGAAGGAUGUGACUGUCUUCAAGGAUUCCAAAUCACCCACUCCCUCGGUGGUGGAACUGGUGCCGGUAUGGGUACGCUUUUGAUCUCCAAGAUCCGUGAGGAGUUCCCAGAUCGUAUGAUGGCUACCUUCUCCGUCGUUCCAUCGCCAAAGGUUUCCGAUACCGUUGUCGAGCCAUAUAACGCAACUCUCUCUGUCCAUCAAUUGGUUGAAAACUCUGACGAGACCUUCUGUAUCGAUAAUGAGGCUCUUUACGAUAUUUGCAUGAGAACCUUGAAGCUCAGCAACCCAUCUUACGGAGAUCUUAACCACUUGGUUUCCGCCGUCAUGUCCGGUGUCACCACCUGUCUUCGUUUCCCUGGUCAACUUAACUCAGAUCUCCGAAAGUUGGCUGUUAACAUGGUUCCAUUCCCCCGUCUCCAUUUCUUCAUGGUUGGAUUUGCUCCUUUGACCAGUCGUGGCGCACACUCUUUCCGUGCUGUCACUGUUCCAGAGUUGACUCAACAAAUGUACGACCCUAAGAACAUGAUGGCCGCUUCCGAUUUCCGUAACGGUCGUUACUUGACCUGCUCUGCCAUUUUCCGUGGUAAGGUUUCCAUGAAGGAGGUUGAGGACCAAAUGCGCAACGUCCAAAACAAGAACUCAUCCUACUUCGUUGAGUGGAUCCCCAACAACGUCCAAACCGCCCUUUGCUCCAUUCCUCCCCGUGGUCUCAAGAUGUCCUCCACCUUCGUUGGUAACUCGACAUCCAUCCAAGAACUUUUCAAGCGUGUCGGUGAUCAAUUCACUGCUAUGUUCAGAAGAAAGGCUUUCUUGCAUUGGUACACUGGUGAAGGUAUGGACGAGAUGGAGUUCACUGAGGCUGAGUCCAACAUGAACGAUUUGGUUUCUGAGUAUCAACAAUACCAGGACGCCUCGAUCUCUGAGGGAGAGGAGGAGUACGAAGAGGAGGCCCCAAUUGAGGGCGAGGAAUAG